AUGGCUUCACGAAAAAAAGUUUUACUCAAGGUCAUUAUAUUAGGUGAUUCAGGUGUUGGUAAAACAUCAUUAAUGAAUCAAUUUGUUAAUCGAAAAUUUUCAAAUCAAUAUAAAGCAACAAUUGGUGCCGAUUUUUUAACGAAGGAAUUACAAAUUGAUGAUCGUCUUGUUACCAUGCAGAUUUGGGAUACAGCAGGUCAAGAACGUUUUCAAAGUUUAGGUGUUGCAUUUUAUCGUGGUGCUGAUUGUUGUGUUCUUGUUAUGGAUGUAACAUCACCAACAUCAUUUAAAUCGUUAGAAAGUUGGAAAGAUGAAUUUCUUAUUCAAGCUGGACCGCGUGAUCCUGAAAAUUUUCCAUUUGUCGUUAUUGGAAAUAAAAUUGAUUUGGAAAAUCGAAUGAUUCCAACACGUAAGGCACAAAACUGGUGUCAAGAGAAAAAUAAUAUUCCUUAUUUUGAAACAUCUGCUAAAGAAGGUAUUAAUGUUGAAAAAGCAUUUGAAACUGUUGCACGUAAUGCAUUAGCACGUGAAAAAGAAAUUGAUCAACAAACUGACUUUCCAAUGCCAAUUCGUAUUCCACAACAAGAAGAACAACCAAAGACAAACGGAUGUUCAUGUUAA